GAACACCGAGCGAGGCAGGAGGAGCCAGUCCGGUCACGUUGCCACCGCCCAGAGCGUCCAGUAUAAAGUUGGACGACCGCAGUCCUUCGACUAUCUCUGAAGGGCCUCAAACCACUCAAUAUGUCGUCUAAGUCGUCUAUGGUUCUGGGUUACUGGGAUAUCCGCGGGCUGGCUCAUGCCAUCCGCAUGCUCCUGGAGUUCACUGAUACCAGCUAUGAGGAGAAACGCUACACGUGUGGGGAAGCUCCUGACUAUGAUAGAAGCCAAUGGCUGGACGUGAAAUUCAAGCUGGAUCUGGAUUUUCCUAAUUUGCCCUAUCUCAUGGACGGGAAGAACAAGAUCACCCAGAGUAACGCCAUCUUGCGAUACAUCGCCCGCAAGCACAACAUGUGUGGUGACACCGAAGAAGAAAAGAUCCGAGUGGACAUCAUGGAGAACCAGAUAAUGGACUUCCGCAUGCAGCUGGUUCGGCUCUGCUACCAUUCUGACCACGAAAGCCUGAAGCCUCAGUACUUGGAACAGCUACCCUCACAGCUGAAACAGUUCUCACUGUUCCUGGGGAAAUGCUCAUGGUUUGCAGGGGAGAAGCUUACCUUUGUGGACUUUCUCACCUACGAUGUCUUAGACCAGAACCGCAUGUUUGAGCCCAAGUGCCUGGAUGAGUUCCCAAAUCUGAAGGCUUUCAUGUGCCGUUUUGAGGCUCUGGAGAAGAUUGCGUCAUUCCUGCAGUCUGACCGCUGCUUCAAGAUGCCAAUCAAUAACAAGAUGGCCAAGUGGGGGAACAAGUGCUUAUGCUGAGCCAGCACUCGCUGCUCGCUUUGUCCCGUCUCCUCCUGAGGGACUGCCUUCUGUCUUUUCCACUCUUCUAAAUAAACAGCAGCUCCAUUAA